AUGUGGCCCCUUCUGGGCGCGUACUUGUGGGGCGGCGUGUCCCUGGUGUGGGGCUGGGCACCUCCGCCGCCCCUCUCCUCUCNGGUCUUCCUGGUGGACGAGUCGUCGAGCGUGGGCCAAGCCAACUUCCUCAGCGAGCUGCGCUUCGUCAAGAAGCUGCUCUCCGACUUCCCGGUGGUGCCCACGGCCACGCGCGUCGCCAUCGUCACCUUCUCGUCCAAGACCCAUGUGGUGCCCCGGGUGGACUACAUCUCCCCGCCGGCCCGGCCGCCGCCGCCGCCGCAGCACAAGUGCGCUCUGCUGAGCCGGGAGAUCCCGGCCAUCGGCUACCGAGGGGGCGGCACCUACACCAAGGGCGCCUUCCAGCAAGCGGCGCAAAUACUGCUUCAUGCCCGUGAAAAUGCUACCAAGGUGAUAUUUCUUAUUACUGAUGGCUAUUCAAAUGGAGGGGAUCCCAGGCCCAUUGCGGCUUCCUUGCGUGAAUUUGGAGUGGAGAUCUUCACAUUUGGGAUAUGGCAAGGCAACAUCAGAGAGCUGAAUGACAUGGCUUCUCACCCCAAAGAGGAACAUUGCUACUUGCUCCACAGUUUUGCAGAGUUUGAAGCUUUAGCUCGCAGAGCGCUUCAUGAAGAUCUGCCCUCUGGUAGUUACAUUCAAGAAGACAUAUCUCAUUGCUCCUACCUUUGUGAUGGGAGAGAAAAUUGCUGUGAUAUUAUGGCAAGCUGCAAAUGUGGCACCCACACAGGGCAAUUUGAAUGCAUCUGUGAAAAAGGAUACUAUGGCAAAGGGCUACAGCAUGAAUGUGCAGCCUGCCCACCAGGGACAUACAAGCCUGAAGGUUUGCCAGGUGGAAUUACCACCUGCCUGUCAUGUCCGGAUGAAAAUCACACCUCCCCACCAGGAAGUACCUCUGUUGAGGACUGUGUUUGCAAAGAAGGGUAUCGCUCCAGAGGCCAGACAUGUGAAGUGGUCCACUGCCCUGAGCUGCACCCACCUGAAAAUGGCUAUUUUAUCCAGAAUGUCUGCAACAAUUAUUUCAAUGCUGCCUGUGGAAUCCGAUGUAAAACAGGAUUUGAUCUCGUGGGAAGCAGCAUACGGCUUUGCCAACCAAAUGGCCUAUGGUCUGGCUCAGAAACAACAUGCAGGGUUCGCACAUGCCCCAAACUCUUUGCCCCUCAACAUGGGCAUAUCAACUGUUCACCAACUGAAAUCUCAUAUGGGACUGUGUGCUUAGUGACUUGUGAUGACAAUUAUGAACUGGAAGGCAACUCCAAACUCACUUGUCAAGGCAACUCACAAUGGGAUGGAAAAGAACCCAAGUGUGUGGAACUGCUUUGUCCUGUCCUCCAGAAACCAGAACAUGUGAUCAUUCAUCCCUAUAUUUGUGGGCUUGAGCCAUCAAAGUAUGGAACUGUGUGCGGGUUGAGUUGUCCCACUGGAUUCCUUCUGUCCGGAGUCAGAGAAGAACUGAGAUGUUUAACCAGUGGGAGGUGGAGUGAAAAUUUGCAGAAGGCUUCCUGCAAAGACAUUGAACCACCAAAAAUUAGCUGCCCUGAUGACAUUAAAGCUCCUACACUUGAACACCAGAAUUCUGCAAAUAUUAGCUGGCAGGUUCCAGCAGCAACUGAUAACUCUAGAGAUGAGGUGUCAAUUCAAGUAACUCCAGCUUUUGUACCUCCUUACCUAUUCCCAAUAGGAGAAGUUGAGAUCACUUAUACAGCAGUUGACAAAUCUGAAAACCAGGCAAGCUGCACAUUCAGUAUCAAAGUUGUUGACAAUGAACCUCCUGUCAUUGACAAAUGCAGAUCUCCACCGCCAGUUCAAGUAGCUGAAAAGAACUACAGAGUAACAUGGGACGAACCACAGUUUUCAGAUAACUCAGGAACAAGUUUAUCAAUAGCUAAAAGCCACUCCCCGGGAGAUCUCUUUCCCAAAGGAGAGACAGUGGUUCAAUAUACUGCCACUGACUCAUCAGGAAAUAACAGAACUUGCGAGCUCCACAUCGUCAUCCGAGGAUCUCCUUGUGAAAUCCCCUUUACCCCAAUGAAUGGGGAUUUUAAAUGUCUAAAAGACGAGAAAGGAGUUAACUGUACGUUACAUUGCACGGAUGGGUAUGACUUCACAGCAGGUUCCAAUGAGAACUAUUAUUGUGCCUAUGCAGAUGGUAUCUGGAAUCCACCUUACUCUACUGAGUGGCCUGACUGUUCUUUGAAACGCUUUGCAAAUCAUGGUUUCAAAUCCUUUGAGAUGCUUUACAAAGCUACACGAUGUGAUGACAGCAACCUUCUUAAAAAUUUUGUGGAGGCUUUUCAGAGUGCACUUGGUAAAAUGGUUCCAUCAUUUUGCAAUGAUGUUGAUGACAUUGACUGCAGACUGGAAGAUUUCCCACAGAAACAUUGCUUAGAGUACAAUUAUGACUAUGAAAAUGGUUUUGCAAUUGGUCCUGGAGGCUGGGGUACAGCAAACCAACUAGAUUAUUCUUAUGAUGACUUCCCUGAAGCAGUACCUGAAGAGGGCCAACCUAAACCAUUAGCGGAUUCUGUGGAUGUGGCACAUCCUCGGGUCAAAAGGCAUAAAAAAUUGAACAUGCCCAUGUCAGACCACAAAAUAAAGUUAGUUUUCAAUAUCACUGCUAGUGUACCAUUGCCUGAUGAACGAAAUGAUACACUGGAGUCAGAGAACCAGCAACGCCUUCUAAAAACACUAGAGACUAUCACAAACAGGCUGAAAAGGACUCUCAGUAAGGAUCCAAUGUAUUCUUUUCAGUUUUCUUCUGAGCUGCUUGUAGCAGACACCAAUUCUCUUGAAGCUGAAAAGGCCUUCCUGUUUUGCAGGCCAGGCUCUGUUCUCAGGGGCCGAAUGUGCGUUAAUUGCCCACUGGGUACUUACUAUUCCCUGGAACAUCACGCAUGUGAAAGUUGCUGGAUUGGAUCUUUCCAGGAUGAAGAAGGGCAGCUUGAAUGUAAGAACUGCCCAUCUGGUAGCUAUACAGAAUAUCUUCAUUCCAGAAGCAUAUCAGAAUGUAAAGCUCAGUGCAAGCCAGGAACCUAUUCUCCGAAUGGCCUUGAGAUCUGUGAAUCAUGUCCUUUUGGCAAAUAUCAGCCUGCAACUGGAUCAAAGCACUGCAUUUCUUGCCCAGAAAAUAUUUCAACAGUCAAAAGAGGAGCUGUGGAUAUAUCAGCAUGUGGAGUACCCUGUCCAGCUGGAGAAUUCUCUCGUUCUGGUUUAAUGCCUUGCCACCCUUGUCCCAGGGACUAUUAUCAACCUGACCCAGGGAAGUCCUACUGCCUGUCUUGUCCAUUUUAUGGGACUACCACAGUGAUUGGGGCCAGAUCCAUAGCGGAUUGUUCAAGUUUCGGCUCUACUUUCUCUGCAGCAGAAGAAAGCAUAGCACUCCCAGCUGCUCCAGAAAAUACCAAGAAGGAGUACAAAAUCAGCAGCCAGGUAUUCCAUGAAUGUUUCCUGCAACCGUGUAAUAACAAUGGAACUUGCAAACAGGUUGGGAGUGGGUAUAUCUGCAUAUGCCCACCAGGAUAUGAAGGCUUAAAAUGUGAAAAGGAGAUUGAUGAGUGCAAGUCAUCCCCCUGUCUCAACAAAGGGAUUUGCAAGGAUGGCAUUGCAACAUUCAUUUGCCAGUGCCAGCCAGGCUAUUCAGGGUUGGUAUGUGAAGAAGAUAUAAACGAAUGCAAUUCCGAUCCAUGUCUGAAUAAAGCAGUCUGUGUUGAUGGCGUUAAUUCUUACCAGUGCUUGUGUAUAGAAGGAUUUACAGGUACACACUGUGAAAUACAAAUAAAUGAAUGUCUUUCAAGCCCCUGUUUAAACAAAGCCAUAUGUGAAGAUCAGAUUGGUGGUUUCCAUUGCAAGUGUCUGCCUGGAUUUACUGGUGUCCUGUGUGAAAAAAAUAUAAAUGAAUGUCUCAGUAGACCUUGUAAAAAUGGAGGCACAUGCAAAGAUGGUGUCAAUGGCUAUAGGUGUCACUGUGUCACAGGAUACACAGGGCUACAGUGUGAAAUAAAUAUCAAUGAAUGUGCAUCUAAUCCCUGUGUAAACCAUGCAACCUGUGUGGAUGCUUUGAAUUCGUAUAUCUGUAAAUGCUCCCCUGGCUUUACAGGCAGCCGGUGUGAAACAGAACAGUCUUCUAGAUUUAAUCUGGAUUUUGAAGUCUCUGGGAUCUAUGGCUAUGUUAUGCUUGACAGUGUCCUCCCCUCAUUAAGUGAGAUCACAUGUGCAUUUUGGAUGAAGUCUUCUGAUACUACUAACUAUGGGACUCCAAUUUCCUAUGCAGUGGAAAACGGAAGUGACAAUGCAUUUCUGCUUACAGAUUACAAUGGUUGGGUUCUUUAUGUGAAUGGGAAGGAGAGUAUUACAGAUUGCCCUUCCGUGAAUGAUGGCAAUUGGCAUCAUAUUGCUGUCACUUGGACAAACACCAAUGGAGCCUGGAGAGUGUACAUUGAUGGCAGGUUAUCUGAUGGAGGAAGUGGCUUGUCUGUAGGAUCAGUAAUCCCUGGUGGAGGUGCCUUAGUGCUUGGACAGGAGCAAGACCGAAGAGGAGAGGGAUUUAAUCCAGCAGAGUCUUUUGUUGGUUCAGUUAGCCAGCUCAACAUUUGGGGUUAUGUUUUGUCCCCUGAGCAGGUGAAGUCCUUGGCUACUUCAUGUCCAGAAGAACUCCAAAGAGGCAACAUAUUGGCUUGGCCAGAUUUUCUUUCUGGGAUUGUUGGAAGAGUGAAGAUAGAUUCCAACAGCAUGUUUUGCUCUGAUUGCCAGCCCUUACAAAGCUCCAUACCUCACCUGAGAACUUCAUCAGCUGAUUUAAAGGCAGGAUCAAAAGUGUCUCUCUCCUGUGAUCCAGGUUAUCACAUAGUGGGAAAUUCUGUUCUGCAGUGUCUAAAUUUAGGGAAAUGGACACAACCUCUUCCACACUGUGAAAGGAUUAGCUGUGGAGUGCCUCCACCUUUAGAAAAUGGCUUUCAUUCAGCCGAAGACUACUUUGCUGGAAGCACCCUUACAUAUCAGUGCAACAGUGGCUAUUAUUUGUUGGGAGACUCAAGGAUGGUUUGUAUGGACAAUGGAAGCUGGAAUGUUAUUUCACCAUCUUGCCUUGAUGUUGAUGAAUGUGCCGUUGGCUCAGAUUGUGAUCCCCAUGCCUCUUGCCUUAACACGGACGGAUCCUACGUAUGCACCUGCAUUUACCCAUACAAAGGAGAUGGGAAAAAAUGUACAGAACCAGUAAAAUGCAAACAUCCAGGUGUUCCUGAACACGGCCAUUCACAUGGUGACAGCUUCAGUGUUGGUAGUGAGAUCAGCUUCUUAUGUGACAAGGGCUACCAACUGAAAGGAGUGACUCAAUUAGUCUGCUUGGAAUCUGGGGAAUGGAGCCACCUAACACCAUACUGUGAAGCUAUUUCCUGCGGUAAUCCACCUAUUCCUGAAAAUGGUUCAAUUGAUGGAUCCAAUUUCACAUAUGGUAGCAAAGUGAUCUAUAGGUGUGAUAAAGGAUACGUUCUGAAGGGCGAAGAAGCAGCAGUGUGUCUUUCAAAUGGCAAAUGGAAUUACUCUUCUCCAGUAUGUGAAUUAGUAAAAUGCCCACUUCCAAAGGAAAUAAGCAAUGGAAAAUAUAUAAUAAGUGGUGUUACAUACCUCUCUAAUGUAUCAUACAUCUGUGACACAGGUUACAGUCUGCAAGGAUCCUCAGUACUUGUGUGUGAAGAAACAGCUAGCUGGAGCAGCUUAUCACCACACUGUGAAAUUGUUUCUUGUGAGCUUCCUCCUGUCAUUAAAGAUGCCACUGUUAGUGGGAACAACUUUACUUUUGGAAACAUCGUCACUUAUACGUGUAAGGAAGGGUACACAUUAAUUGGUCCAGAAGCUGUGGAAUGUUUGGCAAAUGGAAAAUGGAACAUGAGUUACCAGCAGUGUGUGGCUGUUUCCUGUGAUGAACCACCUCCUGUGGAACAUGCUUCUCCAGAGAGUGGCCACCGGCUAUUUGGUGAUGUAGCUAUCUAUUACUGCUCUGACGGGUACAGCUUAGCUGGCAAUUCCCAGUUACUUUGUAAUGCCCAGGGGAAAUGGGUUCCCCCUGCUGCCAAAGAUGUUCCAGAGUGUAUAGCUGAUUUCUGUGAGAGGCCCCUGUCUGCAUCAUACAGCAUUCUGGAAUCCUCCAACAAGGCCAGAUUUCCAGCUGGGUCCAUUGUGAGCUUCAAGUGCAUGGAAGGUUUUGUGUUAAACACCUCAGCUAAGAUUGAAUGUGUUCGCGGAGGCCAGUGGAACCCUUCUCCAUUGACGAUCCAGUGCAUCCCUGUUCGCUGUGGAGAGCCAGCAGGCAUCAAAAAUGGCUAUGCAACUGGCACAAAUUACAGUUUUGGGGCAAUUGUGGCUUACAGUUGCACGAGGGGAUACUAUAUUAAAGGAGAGAAGAAAAGAACAUGUGAAGCAACAGGAACUUGGAGUGGUACUAUGCCUACCUGUCAUCCAGUGUCCUGUGGUGAGCCACCAAAACUUGCAAAUGGAGUAAUAGAGAACAUAACAGGACGUUUCUUUGGAAGUGAAGUGAGGUAUCAAUGCAGUGUUGGUUACAAGUUGAUUGGAAGCCCAACAUUAUUUUGCCAAGCCAAUCGUCAAUGGCAUACGGAAGCUCCUCCUUCCUGCGUGCUCCUCAGUUGCAGAGAACCACCUCCUUUUCAGCAUGGGCACACCAAGGGCAAAAGUUUUGAAGUAGGAGCUAAGGUCUUUUUUGUAUGUGAUGAAGGCUAUGAGCUGAUAGGAGACGCAUCGUGGACUUGUCAGAAGACGGGGACUUGGAACAAAAAGCAGAACCCCAAAUGUGUUCAGACAGAGUGUCCAGAACCACCCCUAAUUGAGAAUCAGCUUGUCCUGAAGGAGAUGACUGAGCAAGUUGGUGUGGUGCAGUUUUCAUGUAAAGAAGGCUUCAUUUUGUUUGGUGCAUCUGUACUGAAAUGUUUGCCGUCUCGACAGUGGAAUGAUUCUUUUCCGGUGUGCCGCAUGGUGCUAUGCCCUAGGCCUCCUUACAUUCCUUUUGGGGAUCCUUUAGUAACUUCUCUUCAUUUUGGCAGCAUAGUAAACUACACGUGCAUGGAUGGUUUUUUGCUGAAGGGAAUUUCAAGCAUCAGCUGCCAAGCAGAUGGUACAUGGAGCUUCCCAAUGCCGGAAUGCAUUCCAGUGGAGUGUCCACAGCCAGAAGAAAUUCAAAAUGGAAUUGCAGAUGUGCAAGGCCUUACUUAUCUUAGCACUGCACUAUAUAAUUGUAAACCAGGCUUUGAACUAGUGGGAAACACGACCAUUCUUUGUGGAGAAGAUGGUCUCUGGCUUGGAGGAAAGCCCACUUGCAAGCCUAUUGAAUGCUCCAAGCCCAAGGAGAUUCAGAAUGGCCGAUAUUCAUAUGUUGAUCUGCAUUUCAGGCAGACAGUUACCUACUCAUGUGACCGAGGAUUCCAGCUAGAAGGCCAGAGUGUCCUGAAUUGCCUAGAGACAAGAGAGUGGGAUGCAGAGGCUCCCUCUUGUAGAGCUAUCAGCUGUGAUCCUCCACAGCCUAUUGAGAAUGGCUUUGUAGAAGGUGCAGAUUACAGCUAUGGUGCCAUGGUGAUAUACAGCUGCAUUCCAGGAUACCAGCUCUCUGGGCUUGCUAUGCAGACCUGCGAGGAUCUGGGAUGGUCUGGUGUUAGUCCAGUAUGCUUGCCAACAGACUGUGGCCUCCCUCCCCAUAUAGACUUUGGAGGAUAUGUAACAAUUAGCAAUGAAGAAAAACUGUAUGGCCAAGAAGGAAUAUUAGCAGAGGGCUUCCCUACUGCCAGCCCACCCUUUUUCUCUCUAAUGCUAGAUAACCAGAAAGAUGCACAGAGUACUUCAGGGGCUAUUAAUACUUUACAAUUGUCAGUAUAUUUAUAUGGGACUACAGUAUUGUAUAGUUGCUACCCUGGCUACGAACUCUUUGGAAACUCUACACUAACUUGCCAAGAGGAUGGAACGUGGAAUGAUAGUGCUCCCAUCUGCAUUUCCAUUCAGUGUGAAUCACUAUUGCCUCCAGAAAACGGCUUUGUACAUUUUACAGAGAACGGUCUUGGUAGCACAGUGAUGUAUACCUGCAAGCCUGGAUAUAAGCUGAUUGGCUCGAGUACAAGGCUGUGCACAUUCAGCAAAGAAUGGAGCGAUGUAGCGCCAACCUGUGAGAGGGUAUCAUGUGCAGUGCCUAGGAAACCAAUGAACGGCACAGUAAAAGGAGAGACUUUCACAUAUGGGAGUGUCAUCCAGUAUGACUGCGAUCCUGGCUUUCAGUUAAAUGGGCCUGAAAAAAGGACAUGCCAGGCUGAUCAAAAAUGGGAUGGAAACGAACCUAUAUGCAUUCCCAUCUCCUGUGGCCGAGUUCCCAGUUUAGAGAAUGGCAGAGUAAUUGGAGAGGAAUAUACAUUUCAAAAAUAUAUUGAGUACAGCUGCAGAGAAGGUUUUCUGUUGGAAGGGAUCCAGAAGAGAGUCUGCCUUGCAGAUGGAAGCUGGAGCGGGAACACUCCAGUGUGUAGAGCCAUCCAGUGUCCUGUACCACCAAAACUUUCUCAUGGGCAAAUUAGUGGGUCAAACUUUGCGUUUGGGAAAGGAAUUGAGUAUCGCUGUGAUGAAGGGUAUGUGUUGCAUGGUUCACCUUCAAAUAUCUGUCAGGCUAAUGGUACCUGGGCUAAAGAGACACCAUCCUGCAAGCCUGUCAAUUGUGGGCCUCCUGAGGACAUUACUCAUGGGUUCCUGAAUGGUUCGAUCUUCACUUAUGGGGCAUAUAUAGAAUAUAUUUGCUUUCCUGGUUAUGAGUUACAAGGAAAUCCAGUCAGGCAAUGUAUGUCUAACGCUUUAUGGAGUGGGAAACCACCCUCUUGCCUGCUUUGUGAAUGCCCUGUCCCAGCCAUUCAGAAUGGAGUAGUUAAAGGUAGAAAUUUUGGCUGUGGUCAAAGAGUCUCGUUUGAAUGCCUUGGAGGCUUUAAACUGUUGGGGCCUCCAGAAAUCACCUGUGAAGCUGCCAACAGAUGGAGCUCUGGCUUUCCGCACUGUGGACUGAUCUCAUGCGGCCCUCCACCAACAAUCCCCAAUGCUUUUAUCAAUGGGAGCAGUUCUGUCGAUCAGAAUACCAUAAUCUAUAACUGUGAAUUGGGCUAUGUGAUGCAAGGAAGUCCAGAAUUAACAUGUACAGAAAAAGGAAUCUGGAGUGAGCCGUAUCCACAUUGUGCAAUACUGACUUGUGGGCCACCACCUUCUGUACCUCAUGCAGUUGCCCUUGGAGAUUCACAAGCCUAUGGGAGUAGAAUCCAGUACAGAUGUCUGGAGGGUUAUGUGAUGGAGACAGAAAUGGACACAUGCACGUGUCAGGAAGAUGGGCACUGGUCUUCUGGUAGUAUUUCCUGUUGUCCCAAAAAAUGCCCCCUGCCAACAAACAUAACCAAAGUAAUUAUUUCUGGGACAGACUUCACUGUGAACGAAAGCAUUAUACUGUCAUGCCCAGAAGGAUAUCUUUUGACUGGGGAAAGCAGUGCCACUUGCCAGAGUGAUGGUAGCUGGAUGCCACUCUUUUCAAGUGAUAUAUGCAUACCUGUGUCCUGUGGAAAGCCAGAUGCUCCAGAACAUGGAAGUGUGGUUGGCAAUGGAUACAGUUACAGAGAGACAGUAUUUUACAAAUGUGCUUCUGGUUAUGAGUUGGAAGGUGAUGCUGAACGUAUCUGUCAAGCAGAUAAGCUAUGGAGUGGAACAACACCAGUUUGCAAAAAAAUAUCCUGUGGGCCUCCUGAAACAAUAGAUAAUGGUUCCAUUAGUGGGAAAGAUUUCUUGUUUGAAGAUGAGAUUCUUUACAGCUGCAAUCAGGGAUUUGAGUUGCAGGGAGUAACUCGAAGGAUUUGCCAUGUGAACAAGAAGUGGAGCCCCUCAGCCCCUGUGUGUGUGAGCAUAAGAUGUGAACCUCCCCCAACAGUAGAAAAUGCCAUUCCCAUCGCCAACGAAAAUACAUACAGAAGUAAAGUUUCCUUUGUAUGUAAUUUUGGAUAUCAUCUGGUUGGACCUGGCAACAUCACCUGCUUGGCAAAUGGAUCAUGGAGUAAACCUCAUCCUUCCUGUGAAGAAACCAGAUGUGAGGAUCCAGAAUUUAUUGAGAAUGGGAAUGCUGUCUAUGAGAACAAUACUGUUGGCAGCAGAGUCGCAUAUUACUGCAACAAAGGAUAUACCUUGGAAGGAGAACCUAUUGCAGAGUGCACAGAAACUGGAACUUGGAGCCAUCCAAUGCCACUGUGCAAACCAAACCCUUGCCCUGUGCCUUUCAUAAUCCCAGAAAACGCCCUCCUGUCAGAGACAACUUUUCAUGUUGGGCAAAAAGUCUUUAUGAAGUGCAGAGAAGGCUACCUACUUCGGGGGCCAUCUGUCAUCGUUUGUAAUCCUGAUGAGGCAUGGACUCCAACAACAGCCAAAUGUGAAAAGAUAUCUUGUGGGCCACCUGCUCAUCUUGAAAAUGCUUUGAUCCGUGGAACAUUUUAUCAGUAUGGAGACAUGGUCACCUACUCAUGCUACAGUGGAUACAUGCUGGAAGGCUCCCUUAGAAGUAUCUGUUUAGAGAAUGGAACCUGGACUACACCCCCAGCUUGCAAAGCUAUUUGCCGGUUCCCCUGUCAGAACGGUGGUGUCUGUGAGCGACCGAAUGCGUGCUCCUGCCCAGAAGGAUGGAUGGGACGUCUCUGUGAAGAGCCAAUUUGCAUCCUGCAUUGUCUUAAUGGAGGUCGUUGUGUGGCUCCUUACCAGUGCAACUGCCCAGCUGGAUGGACUGGAUCACGCUGCCACCAGGCUGUCUGUCAGUCUCCAUGCUUAAAUGGUGGCAAAUGUAUACGGCCAAAUCGGUGCCAUUGUACUUCACCAUGGACUGGACAUGACUGUUCUAGGAAAAGGAAAACUGGAUUCCACCACUUUUAACGUCAGAGCCACUACUAUGAACAUUCUGAUUCUAAUCCAGUGGGCCUUGAUACUGCAGGCACUGUAAAAUCAGAUUGGGAGGGGGGGAGGGUUAAACUAUGUGUUUGAUGUUUUUAAAAUCUUUUUUAUUAUUAUUUUGUAUUAUAUUUUCUUAUAUUUUUAUUGUGAAAUGAAUCACUUUUAAAUCAUUUUCCACAUGCAGAAGUAUAUCAUUUACGCUGAGUUUGCUGCUGUCAGUACACACAAAGGUACGAAUAAUGUCAAGCAUUGAAAGAGAACAACUUGCAAUCUUUUUUAAAAUUGCUGUUUCAAAAGCCCUGAGAACAGCUUGGCUCCACUGCCUACCGAACAAGAUGCUGGAGUUUUAGGACCAAACAUGAUUGGAUGGCAAUACAUGCAUGUUUUUUUUUUUCAUCUACGUAUCCUCAUUCAUACAGGAAAUGGAUAGAAAUCUGUCCUCAUUCAUAUAGGAAACAGGUGGAAAGAGCACAGGAGACGGUGGUGCUGAAUCCCUCCUCCUCUGCAUUACUUUCCUACAAUGACUGAUUGCCAUCCCUUUGCUCAGUUCCUGGUUGUGAUACUGGAAUCAGAACAGAAAGGAAGAAGAGAGUCUGCUCCCUGAUGAGAGAGAGAGGAGAGAGCAAGCAAGACCCCAGAGAGUACAGGGUUUGGUACCUCUCUACCAUGUAUGUGCUCUUUGAUGGUUACACUAUGAGCCUCCUUACACAGAUUUUCUAUGUGAGUGGCAUGUAAUGAUGGCUCUGUCAGAUCUGGUUUUGUCUUGAAUUACCUUCUACCUUCACUGUACUUCCUUAGUUGUGGAGGAUACAAUAGUUACUGUAGUCUAAUACUGUGGUUCUCAGCCUUGGGUUACCCAGGUGUUCUUGGACUACAACUCCCAGAAACCCUGGCCAGCA